GAGCCGGGCUGCUUUGAUCGCAGUGAGGAUGAGGAGGCCCGUCUCCAGUCUGCGUUUGAGCUCCAGUGUGAAGGUGAAGCUGGUCAGAACUGGUUUCCAGUUCACCACCGACCUGCAGGACCUGGACCCGGAUCAGCUGAGCGCAGGACGGGUUCUGGUUGUGCUCAGCCUGCAGCUGGCCGUGGACGUCCAGGUGCCGCCAUGCUUCGGGGGCCUCGGAGGUCAGGUGAUGUUCCUGGACACGGAGGGCAGCUUCCAGCUUCAGAGGGUCGUGGACCUCGCCGGCGCCGCCGUCCGACACUGCUCUCUUCUGGCUGAGGAUGAGGAGCAGCGCGUCGCCAUGACGACCUUCUCUGUGGAGACAAUCCUGUCCAACAUCUUCCUGGUGCGUUGCCGUGACUACAUGGAGCUGUUGGCUGAGCUACAGCUGCUGCCGAACUUCCUGCGGGACCGGCCGAAGCUCCGCCUCCUCGUCAUCGACAGCGUGGCGUUUCCGUUCCUGCAGCUCCAUGACGAUCUGUCCCAGAGGACACGCCUCCUGCAAGGCCUCGGCCUGCAGCUUGUAUCCAUGGCAACCAGCCAGAACAUUGCCGUGGUGAUCACCAACCACAUGACCACUCGGCUGCGGGGCAGCCAGUCGCAGCUGGUUCCCGCUCUAGGGGACAUCUGGGGCCACGCCCCCUCCAUCAGGCUCCUCCUCCAGUGGGAGGGGCCCCGGCGGCUGGCCUCCAUUCUUAAAUCUCCGGCCCACAUAGAGGCAACUGUCCAAUACCAGAUCACCUGUGAGGGCUUCAGAGACGCCGACCAAUCAGAGCAGCUGCAGAGCAAAAGGCCUCGAAUUCAGAGCAGCCAAUGAAAGACCAGCGUUUAACACCGGCAGCAGAUGAUUGGUCCAAACCUUCAGCCUGUUUGUAUCAUGGUGAAGGCCCCUCCCCCUGUGUGAUGUCACCAGCAGCUGGUUUUAGACCAAUGAAUGCUGAUCCUGCAGCUCAAACGUUUUCACAGUUGCUGCAUCAAACUCCGGCUGCAGCUGAUUGGUUGAACCCAAACGACCUCAGCGCUGUGAUGUCAUCUUCAGGAAGAACCGUCAUGACUGCCUCCACCUCGACCACAGAUCAAAAACAUCUCAAAUUCAAUCAACUUGGAUUGUUUGUCACCAUGGUAACUGAGCAGGACGUUUCGCUCUUCGAUUGAUCAUCAACCAAUAAAAGUUAGUUUUUUUGUGGAGAUUCACCUCAUUCAUGUUGAUUUUUAAUUCUUUGAUAAAGAGGGACAUUUUUUUACCUGCUAAACUAAAUGUGUAAUAGAUUUAUUAAUUUCUUUUUUUCAGGAGGGGAUUUUAAAGGUUGACAUUUAUUCUUAUUUCUUUACCUUGAAUAAAGUUUCUAUUUUCCAAUAAAGAGUCUGGUUGAUGUCUCUGUUUAAAUGAAUUAAAGCAGAUCUGAUGUGUUGGUUGCCAUGACAACAAAGUGAAGGAGCAGAGAGCCGUUCCCG